GCGCUCUCACCUGUUCAGGUCACAGCGGAAGAAGGGCUCGUGGGAUGUUUCUACGUGUUUCAUUUCCUCGACAGGAGUGACGCGCAAACCCGGGCUGGUUUAAUGCGCUCAUAUCUCUUUUCCUACUCUUACUUUAAUUGCAGUCAUGCUUAUUCGACCUAUUUCACCGUGAAAAUAAAUAAACUGGGGGCAAUUACACAGAGGUACUGGUGCAAAUAGUAGCUCUUUUCGAGCGAAACAAAGGGAAACUGCGCACACGCGGUGAAAACAGCGACGGGGUUGUAAACACAGCGGCGCAAAAGCGUGUCUUCCUUCCGUUUUGGAGCGCUGAGGCACCCGGAAGGGUGCGGUUCCUUCUGUAAACUUCUCGUGGCUUGUUUCACAUCAUGUUAUUGUGCUGCGCCACAGAUGGGAAGGUGCCGCUGCGCCACCGCGAAGUGACCGCGAACGCCUCACGGCCGACCGCUCGCAUCAGGUGCCCCUGAGGCGGAAGGAAGCGCGCCAAGCGCGAGGCUCACCUGAGGCUGAGGCGGCGGACGGGACGGCGCGCGCGAAACUGCGCGAGCCGCCGGGGACCGCGGGGAAGGAAGGCGCGCGCAGCGGAUCACGGCGAGGGAGAAUCGGGAGCCGAGUUAAACGCAGCACCCAGGCAGAGGGCCAAGUGAACAAGCGACAUGAGCCUCCAGCCACGGAGGGUUCGCCUAAAACCGUGGCUCAUUGCCCAAGUCAACAGUGGGAAGUACCUGGGCUUGCAGUGGCUUGGGCCCGAGCAGAGGUUGUUCCAGAUCCCCUGGCGACAUGCCACCCGCCACAUGCCCACACCGGAGGAGGAAAACACCAUCUUCAAGGCCUGGGCCCUGGAAACUGGGAAGUACCAGGAAGGGGUGGACGAUCCCGACCCGGCCAAGUGGAAGGCCAACCUCCGCUGUGCCCUCAACAAGAGCCGUGAGUUCAAGCUCAAGUAUGAUGGCACCAAGGAGACGCCCGUGCAGCCCUACAAGAUAUACGAGGUACCAGCAUCACAUGUCUGUUCACUUAAGGCUCAACACACACUGAUUGUUCUAUGGUGCUCCCCCCCACCCCCAGAUGCAGGUGAUGAAGAUGAAGAUGACGAUGAGCUACCAAACAUCGUUGGCCUCUCAAUCGACAACAGCAUCGCUGACCCACCUAGUUACCCAGCACUGCAGACGCUGAAGAAUGAGUCACCCUUCAUUGAUUCCCCCAUGAGUGACGGAUAUGUCCCGGCUCACCUCUCGUUGAUGCCAGUCCCGAGUCACCUUAAUGGAGGCGUGGCCAUGGCAAACGUCCCACCCCCCAGCAUGUCUUUGCCAGAGUUUACAUGCCAUGUUCCCAUACCAGGGGACAUGGGGCCUGGUGGGUUUGUGACUGGUGGUAUGGCACCGGGGCACGCAGACGCAGCAGUACAUCCCAUCCCACCAGCGGCCAUACAGGACAGCCACAUGCCGGAGCCACAGGUGCAACCCUGCAUUUCCAACCUACUGAGCAGCCCACACAUGUUGCCCUUGACCGAUCUGGAUGUUAAGUUCCAGUACCGGGGUCGGACGGCCGGCUCGCUGACGGUCAGCAACCCACAGGGCUGCCGGCUCUACUAUGGCCACCUAGAGCCCACACCGGAGCAGGUGCACCUGUUUGGCCCGGUCACGCUGCACCAGGUGCUGUUCCCCAGUGCGGCAGAGAUCCCCAAUGAAAAGCAGCGCUUCUACACAGAGCGCCUCCUGGAUGUGAUGGACCGCGGCCUCAUCCUAGAGAUUCAGGGCCAGGACAUCUAUGCUGUCCGUCUCUGCCAGUGCAAGGUCUUCUGGUCAGGGCCUGGGGUGCCCGAGCAGUCUCCACCCAACCCCAUGGAGAGGGAGAGGAAAAUCCGGGUGUUCAGCCUCAACACCUUCCUCAAUGAGUUGAUAAUGUACCAAAAAGGUGAAGCACCAGUCCCACCCCCCUUUGAAAUCUACUUCUGUUUUGGAGAAGAUUGGCCUGACAAGAAACCCAAGGAGAAGAAGCUCAUUAUUGUUCAGGUGGUUCCUGUGGUCGCUCGAAUUUUGACAGAGAUGUUCUCAGGAGAGCUCUCCUGGUCAACAGAUAGCAUUCGCCUGCAGAUCUCCCACCCAGACCUGAAAGACCAGACAGUGGAGCAGUUCAAAGAGCUACAUCGACUGCUUCAGAGCCAACAUGCAGCUGGGCACUGGGUUGCCAACCUGCACUGAGGGCACUGCCACCAUGGUGUCCAUGAGGGGUUAUUGCUCCUGCACUGUCAAGACUCAGGACCCCAGGGUCACCACCCUGCACAAGCCACUGUGAACUCAGGGAGAAACUUUGCCUGCUUCAGGAUGCGCUGCAUAUCCAUGGCUCCGUGUUUCUUGUCUAGACCUUGUGGAUUUCCACCUUGUCCUUUAAACUUCCUGAACUUAGAUGGGGGAGGUGCACAAACUGUACAGUAUACAUAUACACAAAUUCCAGAUUGAUACUGUCAAGGCUUUGACUCCAACCACAAUGAUUGAAAUGAGUUGCUCUUCCACUGAAAUAAACUGUUGUUCAACUUUUCAUUGCAGUGCAUCUCCAAAAGUGUUCCAAGAUUUUUCUUAAAUGCAGUAGUCAAACACUAAAGGUUUAUAAAUGAGCAAACUGGUAAUACAAAAGAUUGUACUUCACAUUAGGCAAUAGAUGAAAUUUGCCUACCGCAGGUGAACUUCCUCCAAGCGAUGAUAUCAAAACAAAUACACUCCCGUAUUAUUAGAUGCUGUGUUAAAACGAUUAAUAAUGGAAAAAGCUCCCUCAAGGUAGUAACUUCAGUACAUCUUAUGUGUGGGUCAGGGGAAAUCCUAGUAUUACAAACUCAUGCUUACACAAUUGCUUCAGUUCAGGAUGUCCGUAACAAAGUAGAUUUUAAAUAUUUGUAAUUUUGCAACACACUUUAAGGGAAGUACAGAUUUGUACAACCACAGUAAAGCCUUGACAGCUUCCAUCACUACUUACCCCAGUUUCCUUCAGUGUACCUCCCAAAAAUUACACAUGGGCUGUAAAGAGGUUUUCUAAAAAGGUUUUCAUAGUGGUGGUGUUGCAUUUAUUCUGUCACACCCACACUGAGACCUAGGGCGGUGCAAAGCGGGACUUGACACCAAAAACAGAAAACCUGUCAUCCACAACUUUAUUCAUGAGAUGGGCAUAAGGGCAGCAUGUCCAAAGACAGCUGAGUGAUUUUUUUUUUUUUUUUUUUUUUUAAACCUCUCAGAACAGAGUAUGGUCAUAAAAGGAAGAUUUAAAAAAAAAAAA